UGUCACUAUCCAUGUCAAUGUGCCGUCCAGGAAUUACGAUGUAAUGAAGGCGUACGCCAUAUAAAAGAUGGGUGUAACUGUUGUUUUAUGUGUGCUAGACAGAGAGGGGAUCUGUGCAGUGUCAAAGAUAAAUGUGAUUCUGAUGCAGGUCUUUAUUGCCACAUGUCAAACAAUAAAACAGGUGUAUGUCAAGCUAAAGUGAAGAAGCCAUGUAUAGUUAAUGGUAUAACAUAUAAAGAUGGCCAAGAAUUUAAACCAGAUUGUAAAAGGACAUGUACCUGUCAGAAUGGAUUUUAUGGUUGUGCUAAUCGAUGUCCUCAAGAAGAUAAGAAACCAACAGAUAUGUAUUGUCUGAAUCCAGUUCUACUACCAGUUAGUGGGAAGUGCUGUAAAGAAUGGACCUGUGAUAAUAGAAUGCACAAAUUUACAACUACAAUGUACUUAUUUUUAGAACCAACAACAAUGAAACCAAGAGUAGAAUACAUGAAAACCAAAUGUCCUCUACCACCAUCGAAUUGGAGUGCCUGCUCAGAAUCUUGUGGUGUAGGUACUUCAGUAAGAAUCGUAUCAGAUAAGUUUUGUAAGCCACACCAAGAACGCAGAGUGUGUUAUUUGCGACCAUGUAUAAAGGAACUAAGAACAUACGGUAGGAAAAAAUGUACUCCAACAACUAGGGGAGGAAUUAGACAAAGAAUACAAUAUCAAGAUUGUCGGAGUGUCAAACAAUAUAAUUUGAAAUUCUGUACAAAUUGUAAGAAAAAUCAUUGUUGUUAUCCACAUAAAACAAGAACAAGACUAGUAGAAUUCGAGUGUCACGGUGGACGAAGGGAAUUUAUGAACUAUAUGUGGAUUAAAAAAUGUCGUUGUGACCAUGAGUGUUAUAAACCCGAACCAAGAAAAAGACAUUGGGUAAACCAUAAGAAACAUUGA